AUGCAGAAAAAUUACGCUAGUGCUGUUAUUUUCCUACUGCUUGUAUCGCUGGUUAUCGCAAAGAUACCACGUACAGAUGUUACAGUAUCAGGCUUUUCAUCAGGUGGUGCAAUGGCUACUCAAUUACAUUUCGCGCUCUCAAAUGAUAUCAGUGGAUGUGGAGUUCUGGCUGGUCCUCCUUAUUAUUGUGGUGGAAAUGGAAUGACAAUGGCAAUUUGUUUAAAUGGUCCAGUCUCCUUUAUCUCUGUAUCUGCUAUGCAAACAGCACUGAACUCAAACGCAUUAUAUCGAAGUAUUGAUAGUCUUUCAAAUAUUAGAAACGAUCCAGUGUAUGCUUUCUCAGGUAAGUAUGAUACUGUCGUACUCCAUGGGAUCGCCAUAUUAAAUGAACAAUUAUAUACACGUUUUGGUGCAAAUGUUAAAACGAACUUCAAUAUGUUAGUGCAUCACGGAUUUCCAACAGACAAUUUCGGUGGCAAAUGUGAUGAACUUAAUAAACCAAAUUUUAUCAACAAUUGCAAUUUCAAUCUGGCUUAUGACAUGCUCAAUCAUCUUUACGGUGGUAAUCUAUUGAAACCUGAUCGAAAUUCACAAACUUCACUUACUGGUAACAUGUUUCUGUUCGAUCAAGUAGGAUUCAUGAAUACUCCACUAUCAUUGAUCACCAGUCAAAAUCCUAGUUCUAUCAAAUCGCAAUGGAUUGAGAAAAACAUGAUUUUGUAUAGUCUCAGAAAUGGAGAACAACCAACGUUGAAUUUAUUCAAUUUAACAAUAGCAAAUGCAUCAGAAAUUCAAACAACAACGACGCGUAGUUCGCUGUCUGGUUUUGAUAAACAAGGUUUUGUAUAUUUUCCAUCAGCGUGUAUUAGUGGACAAAAAUGUUCGAUUCAUGUAGCUUUACAUGGAUGUCAAAUGGGUAAAUCAUACAUUGGAGACGUUUUUGUAACAAAAGCUGGUUAUUUGGAAGUGGCUGAACUCAAUAAUAUUAUUGUGAUUUUUCCACAAAUUCUUGCAUCAACUGCUUUCCCAAUAAAUGCUAUGGGUUGUUGGGAUUUUUGGGGAUAUAGUUCCAUCUAUUAUGCUACUCGAAAUGGUCCACAAAUAUCCGGUAUAAAAAAAAUGAUUGAUACUGUUCGUAUGAUCAACACAGCUUUUGUUGGUGUUCACUAA